AUGGACAAGUCACUUGGGCUUGCGUUGCCAAACAUCACUUCAGCUUUCUCAGAGGGAGACACACUCAAAGAGAGAGAAAGAUACCUCGAUUCUAAUUCGAUUCUAAUUCGAUUAUCGUUUCUCACUCUUUCCCCGAUGGCGAAGCCUCGCAAGCCCAAGAACAGCGAAGACCCCAAGCCCGAAAACUCCGGUGCCCUAGUUCACCACCAAAAGCUAUGCCUCUCAAUCGACGUCGACAAAUGCCUUGUCCACGGGUACACUGAAUUGGAGAUUGCGGUACCGGAGAUUGGGAUCGUAGGGUUACACGCAGAGAAUUUAGGGAUUGAGAGUGUUUGGGUCGAUGGUGAGCCCACGGAGUUCGAGUAUUACCCGCACCACCAGCAGCAGGUGGAGGAUGAUAAAAGGUUUAGCUCCGUGUGUUCUCCUAGCUCUGCUGCCGAUGCUGCCGUCUCGGUGUACAUGUCCGCCCUUGAGAAGGAGUUGGUGCCCAAUUUACUCAUUAACUGCUGUAAACCUUCCAAGACUGAAAGUGAACAACAGCAGGAGCAACCCGUCUCCGAGAACGGCUUUCACUCAUCGGCCGAGUCCAAGCAGGUUGUAGUUGCUGUCUAUGAACUCUUGGUUUCGGUGCUAACUCCGUUGCUGAACAAUUUUUGA